AUGGAGAAGCCUUCUUCACCACCUACGGUUGGAGAAACCCUAUCAAGAUCAACAUCAAUGACAGGACCUCUAAAGUCAUGUGGUGAUAAGUCUAGCAUGGCUACCAAUAUAACAACAACAACGACAACAACAACAACAACUGCUACUAAUUGUAAAACUAAUACUUCUAAUGCCAUAACUACAAGCAGUGAAGACCAUCGCGGCGUUGCGGAGAACAACUUUUCUACUAAACCAGCAUUCAGCGUUGGCGACAGCACACUUCGGCGUGUUCCUCUGAAUAUGUUACGCAAUCCUGUAAGAGUCACGCCUACGAUAACAGCAACGGAUGAGGAAACGAAAAAAGAGGAAGAUGGUGAGGAUGAAGAUGAUAGAGAUGUACUUGUGAGUACGGUAACCGUUCACCCUCGCUACAGACAUCACCCAACACAUUCACAGAGCAGUUUGUCUUUUCAUAAUGGCAGUGCCUACUCCCCAUCACACUCUCGAAUGAGUAGUCGGGAACAAUUUUCGUGGGAUUCAUUGGCAUGGAAAGAAGCAAAUGUGGAUUUUACAUUUUCUUCUGAUCCUGCACGUGAAUAUCUACGACUCAGACGUGUCUCUACGGAGUGUUCUUUAAGUCUUCAAGACUCAUCUAUAGAGCCUCAACCUCGAAGGCAUACACGUUCUUUUGCUGCAUGGGAUAAAAAUGAGGUGGAGGCACUUGGAGAACAUGCGGAUAAAGAAAAGGAGAUUUCCAGUAAUCAUCACGGAGAUGUUACCCCAAUUGGUGUAUUAGAUGUAAAUGCGGAGUCUACCUUUGAAACAGCCCCACUUGGGCAUCAACACACCUUCAGUCUUCCCAGUCACAGAGAUGUCUCUAUGUUUAGUGGCGAGAGUGAAAAUGAUGAUCCUGCGAAACGGGCUGAGAGAGGAGGAAGUGCUGGUAGCGGUAGUGCUGCUGUUGGGGAUUCUGCUGUAAAAGGACCGUCGAUGACGCAUGUGAUUGUAACCUUUAAACAUUUAUAUGGUAUCUAUUAUGUUCCAAUAAGUGAACGGCGGACAUUUGUUGUGGGGGAUCUUGUCUCUGUAGAAAGCCAUACAGGUGAAAAUACUGGCAGAGUUUUAUGUGAUCUCACAGAUGCAAUAGGAAAUAUUUCUCAAUUACCGAAAGAAGUAAUAUGGCCAGAGGAUUCUUCACAACCGCUUGAAUAUGUGGAUCCUGCUACUAAUAAUGAAACACUCCUGCGACUUCCUCGAGUUAUACGUAGAGGAAUGAACAAGGGUAAAAAACGAUUAUACUAUGCUCGUCGUCGUGAUACGGAAGCAUUUAAUGUUUGUCAACGGUUAAUACGUGAACGAGGAUUUAAUUUAAAUGUUUCCAGUGUGGAAUAUCAGGUGGAUUUUAAACGUAUAACAGUUUUUUUCGCAGGAACAAGGUCUAGUGUAAAUGCGACAGAACUUAUAAAUUUUACACAACAACUUGCUGGACAUUUACGUGGCUCAGCAGUGAGUGUAUUAUUUUCAAGUGAGUCUCCCGGUUCUCUGGAGGUCACCCAAGCUAUUACCAAUGGGAUUUUCAAUGAUAUCUACGCAGAAGCCAUGGCGAACAGUAAAAAUACAGAAAACUCUCAAACGCAGGCUCAAGCACGAUCACCGCCACCCCCACCGCCGCCGCCACCCCCACCACCACCGCCGUUAUCACAAUCCGCCGUUCUUCAUCCCGCACGUGCGGCUCGUCCCUACCCGGACAGCACAUUAAAUCACAUGAGCACGCAGCCAAUGAUACCGAUGUUUAAUGUCCAGCCCUCCGUCCCACCGCGGCAUCCAGUGAUGAUGACAGCAUUGAAUAUGAAUGCCAUUUACGGUAUGAGUGGAAUGCCGCACGUCACUUGGGGAACACCAACACCACCACCGUAUAUGGGGCAUCCACGUUUACCACCAGGAAUGACGGGGAGAAUGUAG